ACUCAGUUCCCCCGUCCUAGUCUGGAAGUAGUGGGUGGGACUCAGGCAGGGCCGGUUUUCCACAAGCAGGUUUCCAUCCAGUUAUCCUAUACGUUGCCCGCCUUAGACCAGAAGCAAAAAGCUGCGAACAGCCGGUAGAGCAGCCCCAGGCGACCGGCACCUGCGGGGGAAGGGAGCUCCAGGAGCAGGCUAGGGACCCCGGCCCUGCAUGGCCUCAGGAUGUGCGGAUUUGCGAGGCGCGCCCUGGAGCUGCUGGAGAUUCGGAAACGCAGCCCCGAAGUCUGGGAAGCCAUCAAACACCCCAGUCACCAGUGUCCCUGAUCUGAUAGUCACUUCUGUCAGUCCCACUGAAGAACAGUAGCUCAUCAGGAGAUUUGCACAGGACGAGAUAUCACCAACACCAUGUUCUGCACGAAACUGAAGGACCUCAAGAUCACAGGGGAGUGUCCAUUCUCCUUACUGACACCAGGCCAGGGUCCUAAUGAGCCAGCAGAGGAGGUAGCAAGAAGUGCAGAGAGUAGCAAAGCAACUCUGCCCAUCUGUCAAGAUGUUCCUGAAAAGAAUGUACGAGGAAAUCUUCCCCAAAGAAAAACGAGUAGGAGCCGAGUCUAUCUUCACAAUUUGGCAGAGAGUAUCUGCAAACUGAUUUUCCCAGAGCUUGACAGGCUGAACCUUGCGCUUCAGAGAACAUUGACAAAACAUAAAAUAAAAGAAAGUAGGAAAUCUUUGGAAAGAGAAGACUUUGAAAAAAUAAUUGCCGACCAUGCAAUUGCAGCAGGCAUUCCAAAGGAGAUCAUCAAAGAAUCUCUUGGUGAAGAGCUUUUUAAAAUAUGUUACGAGGAAGAUGAACACAUCCUAGGCGUGGUUGGAGGCACCCUUAAAGAUUUUUUAAAUAGCUUCACUACCCUUCUGAAACAGAGCAGCCAUUGCCAAGAAGCAGAAAAGAAGGGCAGGCUUGGUGACGCCUCCAUUCUAUGCCUUGAUAAAGAUCACGAUCUCUUAAACGUUUACUAUUUCUUUCCUAAAAGAAUCACGUCCCUGAUUCUUCCAGGCAUCAUUAAGGCAGCCGCUCACAUAUUGUAUGAAACUGAAGUAGAAGUAUCAUUGGUGGCUCCUUGCUUCAGUAAUGAUUGCAGUGAGUUUGUUAAUCAGCCCUAUUUGUUAUAUUCUGUUCACGUCAAAAGCACCAAAACUUCCCUGUCCCCUGGCAAACCCCAGUCCUCUCUGGUGAUCCCCGCAUCUCUUUUCUGUAAGACAUUUCCAUUCCAUUUCAUGUUUGACAAAGAUAUGACGAUCCUGCAAUUUGGCAAUGGCAUUAGAAGGCUGAUGAACAGAAGAGACCUUCAAGGAAAGCCUAAUUUUGAAGAGUACUUUGAAAUUCUUACUCCCCAAAUCAAUCAAACAUUUAGUGGGAUCCUGACCAUGUUGAACAUGCAAUUUGUUGUACGAGUGAGGAGAUGGGACAACUCUGUGAAGAAAUCUUCAAGGGUUAUGGAGCUCAAAGGCCAAAUGAUCUACAUUAUUGAAUCCAGUGCAAUCUUGUUCCUGGGAUCACCCUGUGUGGACAGAUUAGAAGAUUUUACUGGACGAGGACUCUACCUUUCAGACAUUCCAAUUCAUAAUGCACUGAGGGAUGUGGUCUUGAUAGGAGAACAAGCCAGAGCCCAAGAUGGCCUGAAGAAGAGGCUCGGUAAGCUCAAGGCCACCCUUGAGCAAGCCCACCAAGCCCUGGAGGAGGAGAAGAAGAAGACGGUAGAUCUUUUGUGCUCUAUUUUUCCCAGUGAGGUUGCUCAGCAGUUGUGGCAAGGACAAGUAGUGCAAGCCAAGAAGUUCAGGAACGUCACCAUGCUGUUUUCGGACAUUGUGGGAUUCACAGCCAUUUGCUCCCAGUGCUCGCCGCUGCAGGUCAUCACCAUGCUCAAUGCACUCUACACACGCUUUGACCAGCAGUGCGGACAGCUGGAUGUCUACAAGGUGGAGACCAUUGGCGACGCAUAUUGUGUAGCUGGAGGAUUACACAAAGAAAGCGAUACCCAUGCUGUUCAGAUAGCUCUGAUGGCCCUGAAGAUGAUGGAGCUCUCUGAUGAAGUCAUGUCUCCCCAUGGAGAACCUAUCAAGAUGCGAAUUGGACUGCAUUCUGGAUCAGUUUUUGCUGGAGUUGUUGGAGUUAAAAUGCCCCGUUACUGUCUCUUUGGAAACAAUGUCACCCUGGCUAACAAAUUUGAGUCCUGCAGUAUACCACGGAAAAUCAAUGUCAGCCCAACCACUUACAGAUUACUCAAAGACUGUCCUGGAUUUGUGUUUACUCCUCGAUCAAGGGAGGAACUUCCCCCAAACUUCCCCAGUGAAAUUCCUGGAAUCUGUCAUUUUCUGGAUGCUUAUCUACAAGGAACAAAUUCAAAGCUGUGGUUCCAAAAGGGAGAUGAUGAAGAUGGCAAUGCCGAUUUUUUAGGCAAAGCAUCAGGAAUAGAUUAGCAGAAUGUAUAUCUGAUUAUAAGUGUUUGGGAUUUGACUCGUUUGAGAAUGUGUGGAACCUCUGAAAGCACUUUAGGAAUGCAGGUGGCUAAAGAGCAGUCUUAAAAUUUAAGAAGCUAGGUCAAGAAAUACUUUUUCUCCCACUUAACAUGACAAAAGACUAUCCUACUUAACAUGUAUUCACUUCAGUAUUUCAACUCUACUGUUAAAAAAAAGACUCCAAAAGGAACUGAUUCAGGCACUUUCUGUAAUGUAACAAUCACUCACUACCUGUACUUAAAAGCCAACACAUAGUACAAGUCUAGUCAUAGUGAACUGUACAAAGUGAGAAGUCACCUGCAGUCUUGUGCCCCAGUGGAAUGCCAUGGUUAUUAAAGUGUAUUUGUAAUAGUGUUGCCUUAAAAAAGCUUUUUAAAUAGAAAUCAUAGUCUUUGAUACCAUCAUAAGCUCUUUCAACUCUGCAUUUUAUUAUGUCACUUUCUCAUAUUAACUGUUAUCAUAUAUAACAAAAGUAGACUAAGAUUUAUUUCUCUGUUGCACUUUUCUUUUUUCCUUUUUUUUUUUGAAAAUAAAGAAUUAUGGGUUAGAUGCAAUAUGAAUAUAAAGUAGAGCUUCUGUAAAUAUUAAAUAUUAUUUUAGCUCUUGAAGUUAAAAAUAUUCUCCAUAACAUGUCUCAUAACAAUAAAUAUCUCCUUUUGUUUCACAUUUAUUAUUUUUUAUUUUACACAUGCUAAAGGCUAUUUUAAUUCACAUUAGCAAUUUAAUUCAUCUUAAUUCAUUUUUAUAUCACAGUACCAAUAUUUUCGGGAUAAAAGAAGCUUGUAAGCCAUAUUAAAGUGCAAUAAUGUCAUUCUAAUUUAAUUUAACCAGAAUUAACAUGGGAGAAGUAAUUAUCCAGGGAGCCUACCAUAAAGUACAGUAGUAAAACUUUCACAUGCACACACAGAAAUGCACUCAGCAGUAAUUUGGAUCUUCUUUAGCAGAAAUCCUCCAUUGCUAUGCUGAGCCAUAUAAAGUUCCAAUAAGAAAGUCUAAGCUCAGAAGUGGGAAAAAGACUUGUACUUUCUGCUGUAACUUAUCUUUCCUAAGUAUUCGAGCUGAACACUCUGGUGCAUGUGUAUGUACUAAGAAUCAUCAUUUUUUUCUCCUUAAGUACACAUCUAUGAAUUUUUUGUUCUAUUUGAAAUAUCACAAUAAUAAUUUUUAAGAUAUUAUUAAUACUGAUGAAAUAAAAAAUGAGGUGAUUUCAUUAUCAAAA